UUGAAACGUUUGGCGAGAGUUAGCCAAUAAAAAACGUUUUUCCAUCGGCAGCUGGGUAAGAAUCGAAACAAUUUCUGUCUUGGUUCAAAAGUGUAGGCACUUCGUGAGAAGUGUCAGAUGUAAGCACGGUAUUAACGUAGUCAAGAUCAAAGGGAUUACACUAUCUCCUCGAGUUGUUGAGUAUGUCUAAAGAAGAAAAAUUAUGGCCUGAACCUGCUCCAAAUUGGCCUGAAGCGAAAAACGUUUGGAAGUGGGGCUGGCCAUUUCACGUUUAUCUCUUUACCACCUUAAAUUUUCUGGUGGUUCUUCGCAGCUUAUACGUAAUGAUUGAACAAAGAAAAUCACAUGUUUUGACGAAAGACCACCGCUUCUUUAUGAACCUGUUUCUUCUAGUGUUCGGCACGACUCGUGCAGCAUUUUUGCUUUCAAAUCCAUACGGAUCAGAUCCUGAUGCUACCAAAUCAGAGCUGGUUAUCUGCAUCGUCACGUUUGGUAUCGGAACUGCAUGUAUUACGUCAGCAUUCAGUUUCGUGCUGUUGAUCGUUCUCGAAAGCACUCGUCUUUCGCUUGCGCCGAGCAAGUUUCAAAACAGAGGCUUUCUUCUCGGAGUAUGUAUUAUCAACAUUCUUUACGUGAUCAUAUCCGACGUAAUCGUUGCGCAUUUUCCCGUGGCCAAAGCAAUGAUUUUAGUUUGUCAAGUAUUGUUCGCCAUCUGGGGAUUUCUGAUUGCAUUGGGCUUCGCUCUGGCUGGCGCACGACUUUGGCGUAACUUAAAGGCUUCGCGCCAAACCGCUCAGUUCGACCCUGAACUGGCAGCCGAGAGCAAGAAGAUCACAAGAUUGGUGUUUUUGCUUUAUGCAGCAUCGUUCUGUGGGGUGGCGAUGUUCUCCACGAUUGUUUACCAAGCUUUUGGCGACACAGGAGUAUACAAUGAGUCUGGACUAGUAAGCAAUUGGCCGUGGAUUGCUGUCCAGACAUUGUUGAGAACAUCCGAGUCAUUGAUGUGCUUACUGGUAUUUUUAGUUGCUCUGAGGACAAGAACUGCUAAGCGCACACAAAACAAUCAAGUCGACAGUUACUCGAAGUCUUAGGGGCUAAUGAAACAACAGGGUUAGCUUUCAUUACCACCACGAAAACGACUAAAAGAGACCAACACCAAGUCGGUUGCAAAGGUUCCGCAAUUAAUGAUAAAUUUUCUUUAAAAAAAAGUCAACAAGGAUUACAAAACUUUCAUUCUCUUGAAAUCUUUUUGUUAAUUUUUUUAUCGCUCAAAUAGAUUUCGUAAACUUCUUCGCCGGAAUAAUUAAUUAUUUAGUUUCCUUAGCUUGAAUUAAAUUAAAUGCGAUUACUCUACUACCGACAUAAUUAUAAAUAAAAGAUAAGGAAAGCUUUUCCUAUUUCAAGAACUUUUUCUCACUAUUGACCACUAUUUCUUGUUUUGCAAGCUUGCUUUUCUUAGCGUCCAAAGAUAUGACUUCAGUAGAGCUGAUUUAAGGUUUAAAUUAGUUUAGAGGUACUUAGAGGUAAAUUGACAACUCCAGAUUCUAACUCACUUCUUGUGACGUAUACAAACGUUCCGAUCAGCAAAAUGUUUUUACUUAAUGUGUUUUAAAAGAAAAAUACGCCAUCUUGGAUAUUAAGCUCUUACGUGACAAAUCAA